AUGACGACCAAGGGGAAGAGGAAGAAGACCACCACGACGACCGAAGCUCCUCCUCUGGUCUAUUUUCCCGACGGCGACAAGGGCGAGUGCGGGGACUUCGGGGACCCGGGCUUCAACACCUACGGGUUCGUCGGGUUCCUCUUGGGCGUCGUCAACAUCGUGAGAGGAAGAAAGAAACGAGAGCUGGAGGACGAGGUCGAGAGGGAGUGGAGGGAGCGACAUCGUCAGCAGCUGGAGGAGGAGGUGUUGGUCGCCGACGUCGCUCUUCUGUUUCUAAAGACAUAUUGGACACUGUCAAAAGGGCCUGUUGAAUGCGCCGAGAGGGUCGUCUGCGAAGUCAACAAGGAGGUCGUCCGCCUUGACACAGCCAGGGAGUCAGACGAAUCGUUAGUUUUAGCAGAAGUCUUUGCUGAGAUUUUUACAUCGGCCCUCGAGAGCUGGUCUCCGGCAGCAACUUCCCCCACCCCCUCCUUAUCCUCUGCAGGGGACCACGGCCGCUCUGAAGGUGACUGCUUAGCUCUCAGUCCUCAGUGCUCCAAGGACUCGUGGGACAAGAUCAGGUCGUUUUCCCAGGAGGAACUGUCCCUCGACUUAUCUUUCCUGAAGGAGGGCGAGCGCGAUCUCUUCCAGCACGUCAGCAACAACGUUGAGUUUUCCAAAUUGGGACUUCCUGACAUUGCGACCGUCGUUUCGUUACUCACGGAUGAAGUAUAGUGAUGUGGAUAUUAGGGUUUAUCUUCGUCUUUUUUAUAAAUAUUUCUUUUUU